GUUUACAAAAAAAACUAAUAACAAAUUAUUAAAAUGUGCAACAAAUCACUAAAAUCAUAUUUAAUAUUUCCCUAGGGCAUAAAAUACUAUGAAAAAAAUCAGAAUACCACUAAAUGCUUUCUCUAGCCACAUCGUUUGUAAGAUUAUCAUCAUACAUUUAUAACACACGCAUUCUCUUUCUUGAGACCGUAAAAUUACAAGUCCGUUUCAUAAAUCGCCGAUUCAAACACUCGCCCAGCUAAACACACACACACCUAUUUGCCUUAGCAGCCCGUAUCUCGGACAGCGCGAAACAGAAUGCGCACUAAAACAGCAUCAAUGGCACUCUUUUGUGUGGCGCUCUUAUUGCUGAAGAUGGUGCAGGCGGAUAAUUUGGUUAUGGAGGCUGGUUCGCAUCGACCAAGCGAUGGGUUGAACCCAAGUCUCGCUCCUACUCAAUCUGGGACAACAAAUUCUUGCAACGUCAAAAAUUGUGCGGAAUGCAAGGAUGAUGUGAAUACCUGCAACAAAUGCCAAGAUGGGUAUAACUUGCAUGACAAUGUAUGUAAAGAAUGCAACGUCGCAAAUUGUGCGAAAUGCGCGACUGAUAUCAAUACCUGUACACAAUGCCAAGCCGGGCUUAUAUUGAGCACCAAAGGGAAGGCUUGCCAGAUGUCUAAUGACGGAGCCUCUCGGAUCUCCGGUCCGCUGCUUAUUGGAGUCGUAUCGGUGCUGGCAACCGCAGCAUUGUUGUAGGCCGUCGACGGAGAAGGGGAAGCAAAAGGGGUGAAAGCCUGGUCUUCGUCAUUACAGCAAAAAUUCUUUCACUCAGAUGCAGCAAUAGCUCAUUUGUCAUCUUACUAGCCUUACUAAAUUAAUAACUCGCUAUUUUCGAUAUGAUUUCACGGCGUCUAUAAUAGUAUCUUCGAUGUAUUUUAUUUAGGUGUGUCACUUUCAGUCUUUAUUGUUUCAACGCUUAGCUGUCUUUAUAACCCAAUGUUUUUAUAUUCAUGUUUUGUUUUGAUUUUUUUUCCUUACACUAGAGUAUAAAAAAUAUUUACUUUAUCGACUAAAAGAUUAACAAACAAACACAUUAAAACAAGUAAAAAAAUAUCUUAUGCAUGGACUUUAUUUUUCAGUUUUUGAGCUUUUAAAGGAUGAUGUGACAAUCGGUCUUUGACUUUUCUGCACGGAGAAACUUUAUCCUUUUGUAGAUUUCUUUUCUUGUCUUUUCCUUGACUCUUUUGCAACCUUUCUUUUCAAGGACCCUAUUUAUGCUCUUAAUAUUUCUUUAACUCAUGGUUUUAGAUAUUUGGAUCUGCCAAGGUAACACGAUAAAAUGACUCGUUUCAUAGGUGCUUGUUUGUGUGUUUAUUAGGCUUAUUAUUUUUUAUACAUGUUCUUGUCUCAUAUAACUUCUUGCACCGUGUCACUGCAGAAGUUUCGCUUGUUUCCUGAUACACAUUUAGGCGAAAAGUGAUCACUUCUUUUCAGCAUGAAAAUUCGGAAAUAAAAUGUUUUUAUCCGUAUCUCCGUUUUUUGUAGUCUCUCCUCAGCUACAUGACCUGCCCUUCCUUUAUUAGUAUCCAUUUCAUCAAGAUAGUUUUAUUUCAGAUACUCUUGGUAUUUACUUGAAGUCCUUCCCUUUUCUUCGUGGAUAUCUCAUAUAUUUUUUUCAUUUCGAUAAUACACAAUGCAAAUCCACUUUGAAUCUUCGGCUCCAUCGCUCACCAAGGAUGAUGUUGAGCGAUUUUCUCGGCAGAUGCUUUGCGAUAAUAUCGGUGCCGCCGGGAUGGAGCGCAUUCGGCGGACUCGUGUGGCUUGCAUUGGCGUAGGGGGCCUUGGCAGCAUGGUUGCGCUCUACCUCGUGGCCGGCGGCAUCGGAAAGCUCACCGUGGUCGACUUUGAUCAAGUAGAGCUGUCCAACAUGCACCGCCAGGUCAUUCACACCAUAGAGCAACUCGGCGUCCCCAAGGUGGUGAGCGCGCAAAAGGCCUGCCUCGCGAUCGACCCCAAGGCCGCGGUGGAGGGGAUUCAGCUACGGCUCUCCGCCGACAACGCCGAGCGCCUGCUCCGCGAUGUGGACGUGGUGGUGGACGCCACCGACAAUGCGGCGGCACGGUAUCUCAUCAACGACGCGGCGAUGCGUCUAAGGAAGCCGCUGGUGAGCGGGAGCGCCGUGCGCUGGGAUGGGCAGCUGUCGGUGUACGGCUACCAAAACGCGCCCUGCUACCGAUGCCUCUUCCCGCAACCGCCGCCGGCGGAGACGGUGAACAGCUGCAGUGACGUCGGGGUGGUGGGGCCGGUUCCCGGUAUGAUCGGCUGCCUGCAGGCCCUAGAGGUGCUCAAGCUCGCGGCGCAGGCGGGGAGCGUGCUGAGCGGCCGCAUGCUUAUCUUCGACGGGCUUAGGAUGUCGAUGAAAGUGGUGGAGCUGCGCCCGAAGCAAGCGAACUGCGCGGCAUGUGGCGGGGAAGAACUCAUCAAACGCGAGAUUCCACUCACCGAGCUCAUGCAGCGGGAGCGCCCCGAGUACGGCAUGUCCUCGUGCGCGACCGGUAGCCUGUAUAGCUUGCCUGGGGAGUUUUGUGUUUGCACGCGAACGUUUUUCGAGCGAUGGGGCAAACAGUAUCUUCCCUGGAGGCAAGAAUCGCUGGCGGAUGUGCAGUCAGGUGACCUACGCGUUGCAGCUCGUGACGUUUCAGUCGGGAACGUCACCACCCCAUGCGAGUGCGAUCGAGAGAAUCAAAGCCGCAACUCAUCCUGGACUUUGUGCAUCGAUGUGCGUCCGCGCCACCAGUACGAUAUGGCUCACCUGCCACGCAGUUUUUCUUUGCCCCUAAGCGUCCUUCAGCAGUCGGAUGCCGAAGGUAAGCUUCGGGAACAGUUUACAGAGUUUUUGAGGAUUUGCAUUGAAGCCGACACUUCGUACGCGAAAAGUAUAAAGCAAGAAACUAAUGAAAUGCAAAUAGAAUCCAGAGGCGCCGCCCUAAACGAUUUUUCUUCAACAGACAGUCUUGAGAGUUGUGAAGUAUUCUUUAUUUGCCGUCGUGGUGUAUCAUCUGUUAAGGCGAUGCAUUUACUUUUAAAAUUGGCUCAUUCGUCCGAAAAUGGUUUGAUAUUAAUUAAUUUUGAGAAGGAAGGAUCUGAUACAGGUAGGGAAGCCAUCUCAAAGCAAAUAAAGGUUUUCCUUCGCAGCGUGAAUGGCGGGCUUAACGCUUAUCACAGGGAGGUAGAUUCUGAAUUCCCCUUUUAUUGA